GACCAGUCAGCUACACCGGAAGUGAGCCGCCUAGCCAACAUGUCCGCCGUCCACCGCACUCAGCUGCUCUUCUUGUCCGCGACGUAACUGCUGCUGCUCACCCUCACUCACCCUCACUCACCCUCACUCACCCUCUCACUCACCCUCACCCAGCCGGCACCUGUAGUGUGUGUGUGGGACAUGGCCCAGGCUGCAGAGUCGGUGCAGGAUCUGCUCCAGGACUCCUUCGUGCCGGCGGUGGGUGUCCUGUGCAGCGGGCCGGCGGAGGCAGUCUCCCGCAGGAACAACCUGACUUUCACGCAACUGCUGCGUCCUUUCUGCCGCAGCACUUCCGAAGGCCACAUCCGGGACCCCAACAACCAGCUGCAAGUGGUGAAAAACCUGCGCAUCUGUGUCAACAACGUGGUGACCAGCACCAGCACGCCGUCCGGCAACCUCAGCCCCGCCCGGCGGCGCCGGCUCAAUGAGGUGGUGUUAUCCUGCCAGCCACAGGAGGGCGCUGUGUCCUCCUCCGUCACAGCGGGGGACUAUGACCUCAGCUUCAACGAUCACUCUCUUAGAGCUAGCGCCCCCUGGUACAGUGUCUGGAGAGACACUCUAGAAGAGGUCUGCACCUCCAAGCACUUCACAGCGACCACACCCUGGUUUGAGGCUUACAGGGAGAACUUCCUCCAGUCCAUGCCGGCUUCCGACCACGAGUUCCUCAACCACUACCUCGCCUGCCUUCUGGUGGUGUCAUCGAGUGAGGCCGUCCCCGUGGAGCAGUUCCUCAAGCUGUCCCAGGAGCAGCACCGCAUCCAGCACAGCGGCGAGUACACCAAGCCCAAGUGGUUCAUCCCCAACACGCUGAAAUACUACGUGCUCCUGCACGACGUCAGCGAAGGAGACGAACAAAAGGCGGACUCCGUGUAUGAGGACAUGAAGCAGCGGUAUGGACCUCAGGGCUGCUACCUGCUGAAGAUGAACUCUCGCACACUCCCCGCUGAACAGAAUGAACAGAUUCCAGACCCGUGGAGUCAGUACCUGCACAGGAAUGACCUGCAGAGCCAGGAUCAGUUUGAGGAUGUUCCUUCAGCUGUGAGCUCUUCCGCUGAUGAAAAUGACGUCAAUGCAGCAGAGGAUCAUGGUUCUGCUGAGACAGGCGGAGAAGCUAACCGGAUGGAGGACCACCCUCUACAAUUGGACUCUGUGAGCAGCUCAGGUAGCCUCCAGGCUCUCGGUGCCACACACGCAGAAGCCAAGAAACCCGCCAGGGAGAGCGAGAGUGCGUCGGGAGGACACGGGGCGUGUCUGACCCUAAACGACCACGACCGCAUCCGCCAAUUCAUCCAGGAGUUCACCUCCAGAGGCCUGCUGCCUCACAUAGAAAAGAACAUCAGGCAGCUUAAUGAUCAGCUGGUCUCCAGAAAAGGUUUGAGCCGUUCUCUGUUCACGGCCACCAAGAAGUGGUUUGGAGGCGGCAAAGCUCCGGAGAAGGGCGUCAGCGAGCCCAAGAGCACCUUGGGCCUUCUCUAUCCCCCAGAAGCCCCCGAGCUGCAGAUCAGGAAGAUGGCCGACUUGUGCUUCCUGGUGCAGCACUACGAGCUGGCCUACAGCUGCUACCACACGGCCAAGAAGGACUUCCUGUCCGACCAGGCCAUGCUGUACGCCGCCGGGGCGCUGGAAAUGGCUGCAGUGUCAGCAUUUCUUCAGGCCGGAGCCGCCCGACCAUAUCCUGCACAUUACAUGGACACGGCCAUCCAGACCUAUAGAGACGUCUGCAGGAACAUGGUGCUGGCCGAGCGCUGCGCUCUCCUCAGCGCAGAGAUAUUGAAGAGUCAAGGAAAAUACUCGGAAGCUGCGACGCUGCUCAUCAAAAUGACCAGCGAGGAUUCAGACCUGCGCAGCGCUCUGCUCUUAGAGCAGGCGGCCCAUUGCUUCAUCAACAUGCGAACUCGGAUGCUGCGCAAGUUUGCCUUCCACAUGAUCCUGGCGGGCCACCGCUUCAGCAAAGCAGGCCAGAAGAGGCACGCGCUGCGCUGCUACUGUCAGGCCAUGCAGGUCUACAAGGGCAGGUCCUGGUCCUUGGCCGAGGACCACAUCAACUUCACCAUCGGCCGGCAGUCCUUCACUCUCGGCCAACCGGAGAAGGCCGUGGCCGCCUUCAAGCAGAUCCUGGUCAAUGACAGCAGGCAGACGGCCACGCAGCAGGGCGCCUUCCUCCGGGAGUAUCUCUACGUCUACAAGAGUGUGAUCAGCAGAAGUGAAGUCAAUCUGCCUCAGUUGCCGCUGCCCUGCAUCCACAGCUCUGCCACACGGGUCUACUUUGGCCACGAGCGCCGCCUGGCUGAGGGGGAGAAGCAGGCCGCCACUCACGUGUCCCUGGACCAGGAGUACGACCCGGGCCUGGCAGCCAUGUGGUGCAAGCUGGAGGAGCAGCUGGCGGCCGCUGCCAACCGAGGCGCGGUUCCGCCCAACUUCCAGCCCAGCCAGUGCUACCUGAACAGCCAGACGGACAACCUGCAGCACCCGCUGGCCGUGGUGGAAGAGCCAAUCAUCGUGGAGGUGAUGUUCAGGAACCCGCUAAAGGUUCCUCUGUCGCUGUCUUGCCUCUCGCUCCUCUGGAGGUUCCAACAUGAGAGCGAGAGAAGAACUGAAGACUCAGCAGGGGAGUUCAUCACCAAUGAGCGGACGCCGGCUCAGGAGGCGUCACAGGGAGACAACGUGGUCACCGCUGAGACCAUCCCAGACUUUCAUUUGGGUCCGGAGGAAACCAAAAUGGCUCGGCUCAGGCUGCUGCCGCACAGGACGGGCCAACUGAACAUUGCGGGCGUUGUCUACGACCUGGCCGCCGCGUCCUCUGGAGACACGGUUGCCGACGGGCACCAGAAGUCUGAGGUGAUGGUCGUCCGAGGAAAGCAGGACCUGAAGAUCCAGGGCCCGCGACUCAAUCAGACCAAAGAAGACAAGAUGUUUGUGCGAUACGGACCGGACCGGCGCCUUGAUCCGAUCAUCACUCCGCCAAUGGCCCUGAUGGAGGUCUUCUUCCUCCAGUUUCCCACCGCUCUGCUGUGCGGCGAGAUCAGAAAGGCGUACGUGGAGUUCUGCAACGUCAGCGGCGUGACACUCUGCGGCCUGCGCGUGGCGUCCACACAUCCUGAUUUCUUCACCUUUGGCAAUCAGGCCACCACGCCCCUCACGCCCCUUAGUCCAAACUCCGCUGAAAACUGCUCCGCCUACAAAACAAUAGCCACGCCCCCUGGAUCCUCCGGGGCGUCUGAGACGCUGGUCUCAGCAGAAGAUUUUAGCCCGCUGUCCAACGUAGUGGACAUUCCCAUAAACGGCGGCAUGCUGCACCCGGGCGAGUCCACGCAGCUUCCUCUCUGGCUCCGAGGCCCAGACCAGGAAGGCGUUCAUGAGAUCAACUUCCUGUUUUACUACGAGAGCCCAGAGAAAGGGACCAAGAUAAGUCACCGCGUGCUGCGUCACACGGUCUUCAUAUGCGCCAGUCGCUCUCUCAGCGUGCAAGCGUCGGCCUGCAGCAGCAGCGGCCCGGACGAGGACGGCGGGACGCUGGUGUUCAUCGACGUGGAGAACAUCAACACGAGUGAAGCUGGCGUCCGUGAGUUCCACAUCGUCCAGGUGUCCAGUUGCAGUCAACGCUGGCGCCUGCACAAAUGCAUCAACCCCGCCAAGGAGAACGACUGCAAACUCAGCAGUAGGGAGCGAGCCAAGCUGUGUUUUAGGGCCACGCCAUGCCAACCUCCAGCUACCUCAGAUGCAGCCAAGCUCUUCACCUUCGCAGACCUGAACCUGGGCAAUGAGCGGAUCGUCAGCUCAGCCACGCCCUGCGGCGACUUCUUCUUUCGAUGCCGCUGGAGCUCCGGGUCUCGGCAAGUGGGAGCCUCGUCAGCCAGGACGUCGUCCGGCGCCAGGAACUCCGGUUUGGCCGCCGCCGAGGACAAAAGAUGCAACGUGGCUCACAUGGUGAAGAAGUGCAACGAACUGGACCUCAACCUCAUCGUCAUCUGGAAGGCGUACGUGGUGGAGGACAACAAGCAGCUGAUCCUGGAGGGUCAGCUCCACGUGGCGUUGCAGACUGUGGGCAAGGAGGCCACGUCUCUGACACCCAAAGAGGAAGCUCAAGAGAUGGUUCUGUUCAAGUUCAAGUCGGAUCUGCCGCCUCCGGCCGUGUUGCCGUGUGCAGAGAUGUACCGCCUGGUCAAGACCAACAUGCACUACCCUGAGACGUGCACACACGCCUUCAAGCACAACAGUAUUUGUGUGGUUCCUGUUUCUUUGGUUCUGUCCAACUGCUGCUGGACUCAAGUGGACGUGGUGGUGGACCUCAGGCAUAAAACCAUCAGUUGUGAGGCCUCGGAGGUCCACAGCGCCUUCACCUGGGUGGGUCAGAGCCGCUACACGCUGCAGCUGAGCCCUCGCCAGGUGACGCGUCUCACGCUGCGAGCGUGCUUCGUCCAGCCCGGCGUCUACAACCUCAACACGCCGCGCGUCCUCGCCAAUCUGGCCGAGCAGGGCGAAGGCGAGACGAGUCAGCAGAGCAGAGCGGCCGAGCAAAGCCCCGCCCUCAUCAUCAUCAACAACAACAACAACGACGACAGCGCCUGAGCCAACGGGACGACGCCCAGGGCCGCAACAAGCAAGAGAUUUUUCCUUCCUUUUUAAAGCAGUUUGUAAGAAUGUCGCCACAGCUCAAGUCAGGGAUUCGAACUUGCAGUUGGCUCCAGUACUCACAAACGCCAGCAGAGGUCAGCAUGCUUGUGGACGUUGGGAAGAAUCCCGGAUUAUUGCCUGCAUGGCGCAGGAGCCCAUCAGCAGGUUGUGGCCUCCUUUUUACAUCAGGACCACUAAAGCAUUGUGACACAAAAGUCUUCUUUUCAACUACACUCCCUCCUGCUUUUUUCAACUAACCUGCGUGAUGCCCACUUCCUGUUAAUCAUGUACUAUAUUUAUAACAAAUAUGUAAAUAGUAAAUAAACAUCUUACUAAUUCUC